AUGCCUCCUCCAUUCCCCUCGUCCCACCGGGGAAUGACCAAAAACCCUCUCAGACCUACUCGCUACCGCCCUGGAAAGCCUGUCGCAGAGGAGCACUCUUCUGAAGAGGAGGAGGAAGAGGAAGAAGAUGCCGAAGCUGAACGGGAGGCGCGACGAGAAGAAGAGCGGCGCAGACGAGCCGAGGUUUUGCGCCGAGCAAAAGGGCCCAAAGCAAGCUCAUUUCCAGCCUCUGCAGUAGCGCCUCAAAAGGCCGAAGAGGAAGAUGACGAGGAAGGGUUCGUCACCGAAGAUGAAGAUGACAAGCCCGCACCUGCACCCGCGCCAAAAGCAGUUCCGCAUCCUACAGCCGACGAUACAAAACCUACUAUGCCCACACCCGCCGCUAAAAGCGCUAAAGAAGAAGAGUCAGAUGAAGAAGAGUCAGAUGAAGAAGAAAGCUCCGAAGAAGAGAGCAGUUCCGAAGACGAAGCACCCCGGCGCAUGCUCAUACGACCAACAUUCAUCAAAAAAGACAAACGCAACGCAGCCGCACAAGCCGGCCAAACAAAUGCACAAUCCGAGGCAGAUCGAGCAGCCGAAGCUGAAGCCCAGCGCGCCGCCCAACGCCAAGAAAAAGCAGACCAACUAAUCCGCGACCAACUCGAGAAAGAAGCUAUAGCGCGCUCAAGCGCGAAUCGCGCCUGGGACGAUGACGAGCUCAUCGAAGCCGAAGACGAAGAAGCCAUUGACGACACAGACGGUCUAGACCCUGAAGCCGAGCGGGCAGCAUGGACACUCCGGGAGUUGAAGCGGGUGCAGCGCGCGCGGGAAGCGAUUGAAGCGAGCGAGAAAGAGCGCGAAGAGAUCGAGCGUCGCCGGAACCUUACAGCUGAGGAGCGGGAGCGGGAAGACAGCGAGUUCAUUGCGAAGCAGAAGGAGGAUCGUGAGGCUACGCGUGGACAGACUGGCUUUAUGCAGCGGUAUUUCCACAAGGGUGCAUUCUUCCGUGGGGAUCUUGAGGCGGAGGGUCUGGAUCGUCGGGAGCUUAUGGGUGCACGCUUUGAGGACGAUGUCAAUCGUGAUACGUUGCCGGAGUACAUGCAGGUGCGCGAUAUGACGAAGCUUGGAAAGAAGGGUCGUACGCGCUACAGGGAUCUUAAGUCUGAGGAUACGGGGCGGUUUGGGGAUGGGUUGGAGCAUAGGAAGAGGAGGGAAGGGGCUCCGCUGGGUGUUACGGAUGAACGGUUUAUGCCCGAUCAUCGUCGUAGUGGUGAUGAUGGGGAUCGUGGACCGACUGGUGCUAAUGCUAGUGUUGUUAGACCUCGGCGUAGGUCGAGGUCACGUUCACCCAGGCGUGAUCGUCGAGAUGAUCGAGACUCGGGUCGGGUUGAGCGCAGUCGGUCUAGGGAGAGACGGAAGCGGAGUCCGUCGCCCUAUGAUGAUCGGGACAAACGUCGGCGGGUGGACAGUUCGUAA